AGCCCCAGGGCUAACAAAACUGUCUGCUUCCCGCGGCCAGGCUCAGAAGUGCAGGGAGGCCACGUACACGAGCCGCUGCCUACCAUGGGCGUCCGGGGAAUGCUGACGCCGCCGCUGCUGCUGCUGCUGGUUCAAGCCUGCAUUCCAGACACCUGGGGCCUGCGGUGCAUGCGGUGUGAGAGGACCGGGCAUUGCCAGGUGCAAGAGUGCGCGCCCGGCCAGGAUCUCUGCAGGACCACGAUCCUGAGCGUAUGGCAAGAAGGGGAAGAGCUGGAGGUGGUGGAGACAGACUGUGCCCAUCCCGAGAAGACCAAUAGGACCAUGAGCUAUCGGAUAGGCAUGCAGAUCAUCACUCUGACAGAGGCCGUGUGUGGGUUUGAUUUGUGCAACCGGCCCAACCCUGGCCGGGCCCCCACCUUUCCCCGAAGCCGCUACCUCGAAUGUGUUUCCUGUGCCUCUUCGGACCUGAGCUGUGAGCGGGGCCGGGACAAGAGCCUCCAGUGCCGCAACCCUAGUGAACAGUGCCUGGAGGUGGUGACCCACCAGGACCCGGCAGGGAGCCCCGGAGAUGAGCGCCACUCCCGAGGCUGUGGCAACCUCCCCGGCUGCCCAGGCCCCACCGGCUUUCACAACAACCACACCUUCCACUUCCUGCGGUGCUGCAACACCACCAAGUGCAAUGGGGGCCCAGUCACGGAGCUUGAAAAGCUGCCGCUGAAUGGCCUCCAGUGCUACAGCUGUCAGGGGAACGGCACGCACGGAUGUUCCUCCGAGGAGGCCUCCCUCACCGCCUGCCGCGGCCCCAUGAACCAGUGCCUGGAGGCCACAGGCGCUAACGGGCCGGGGCACCCGAGCUACACGGUCCGAGGCUGUGCCACGGCCUCCUGGUGCCAAGGCCUCCAUGUGGCUGAAGGCUUCAAACUGACGGAUCCCAACGUCUCCUGCUGCACAGGAAACGGCUGUAAUCACCCCAACCGAGACGCCCAGUCCCGCCGGGGGGCGCCCCCCGGCCCGGCCCUGCCCACCUCAGCCUCACCAUCACUCUACUUGUGACUGCACGCCUUUGGGGAGGCACUCUCCUCUGGACCUGACCCCCACACUCCCCCUGCCCUGGCUGGAUCCAGGGGACCCCUCCGCCCUUCCCGCAGCUCCCAGGCCUGCCAACUCGCUGUGUGACCUCAGGCCAGUGUGCUGCCUCCUCUGGGCCUCAGUGUUCCCAGCUGUGAAAACACCCGACUCACAGAAUUAUGAGAAAUGGAGGAGAAAAGCUAGAGAAAGGCUGCGGGCCAGCAGGAGUUCUUGUGAUUACUAAUAUUGUUGCCCCAUUGUUGUUAUUAUUAAUUAAUAUUUGUUUUAUUUAAUAUUUUAUACUUUAUAUAAAGAUUUUUAUACCAAUGAA